UGGUGCACACGCAAUGGCACUAGCUGCUAGCCUGCUACGUGCUACCUUGUGCACGCAUGCGUCCUCAGGCGUCAGGCCCCCCUGUUAAAUUUGCAUCCCUCGCCACACCUCAGACACCUCCCCCUUCCGCUCCUCCAGGCUUCUCUCCUCCUCCCAAGUUGAGUGCUGCGUUCUUGGUUGAUUGGAAGCGGGUAGUGCGCGCCAUGCCUCCUCCUCUCCCCGGCCGCCGGACGCCUCACUUCAGCUAGCUAAGUAUCUUCGGUUGAACAUCCCCGUCAGGUUUUGUUGCGAGCUGUAGUUGCAGUAAUCUCUCUGCUCCUGUUCCGUCGUCAAGCUCCCGCGCCCAUGUCGCUCGCGGAGGUCAGCCACCACUUCUGCUACCUCCACUCCCUCUCCAUCGUGCUUCUCCACUUCCUCUACGUGAUCUCCUGAUCGGCCGCCUCCGAUCCCCCGACGUUCUGGGCAAAGCUUUGGCUCGAUUCAGAAUCGAAGCUUUGCUCGUCACAAAAACAUUGCCAUUAAUCAGUUCGUGUUCCUGCUGUUCCAUGGUCCCGUCUCGUUCUUGUUCUUCCCCCGGCCCUUUCCUCCGUUGCUGUUAAGUUCGUUCCGUGUCUCUCCUAGCGCAUACUCCUAUACGCUCGACCGUUAAACUGCUAUAGGAGCGGCACUGUUCCAAGCAGGUAAGUGCUUUGUCCCCUUGUGCGCGUGGCAAGAUGGUUGCAACGGCGGCGGCGGCGCCGCAGGGGGCGCGGCGCGCCGCGGUGGCCACCGAGGAGGAGCGGCGGCGCAAGCGCAUGACCUCGAACCGGCUGUCGGCGCGCAAGUCCCGCAUGAAGCGGCAGCAGCACGUGGACGACCUGACCGCGGAGGCGGAGCGCCUGCGGCGCGAGAACGAGGCGAUGCGCGCCGGCGCCGGGGAGGCCCUGCGGCCUGGCCGCGCGCUCGAGCAGGAGAACCGCGUGCUGGCGGCGCACGCGCGCCAGCUGUGCGCCGCGCUCCUGCUGCGCAACUCCCAGCUCCGCCUGCUGGGCGGCGUGGCCGGCGUGCCGCUCGACGUGCCGGGCGUGCCCGACCACCUCGUGCAGCUGUACGGCGGCCCGCAUCAGAUGCCGGUCACGCCGCUGGCGCCUCCGCCGCCCCUGCAACUGCCGCUGGAGAUCCAGAUGCUGUUGCAGCCUGCUGACGUCAUGGACGCCGUCGGUGUGCUUGUCUGAAUGCUCUGCGGUGCUGUUAUAUAUACUAUUUCGCGGGCUGUUGUUUGUAUGUGUGAGCCCCAGCUUGGUUGUGCACUUGUGAUGUAUGCUUUGUCAUGUGAACUCUACUACUACCGUGGUGUAGUGUGAAAUGUGUUGUGGUAAUGUCGUCGACGAAUAAAGAAAUUAUGUAAGUUGUGUACUGUGUAAUACAUGCAGGAAUAACUGAAGUGGUAUGUUUGUGGAAUUCUAGUGAGCAAGAAUCUAUUCUUGACAGGUU